AUGUAGGGGGCGUGACCAACUAGUGGCGGGAAGUUUCUGCAGGCAGCUUUGUGGGGAUCCCGGAAGUGAGUGUAGUUACUGAGCCCGAUUUGGGGCAGAGUCCUACAGCAGUGUCCCCCGGCCAUGGAGAAUUUCCAGAAGGUGGAGAAGAUCGGGGAGGGCACGUACGGGGUGGUGUACAAGGCUCGGAACAGAGAGACCGGGGAAAUUGUGGCUCUGAAAAAGAUACGCUUGGACACUGAGACAGAAGGAGUUCCAAGCACAGCCAUCCGGGAAAUUUCCCUCCUCAAAGAACUGAACCAUCCCAACAUUGUGAAGCUUCUUGAUGUCAUUCAUACGGAAAACAAGCUCUACCUUGUCUUCGAGUUCCUUAACCAAGAUCUGAAGAAAUUCAUGGACGGUUCAAACAUUUCUGGAAUUUCAUUGGCCCUAGUUAAAGUUGUCACUCUGUGGUACAGAGCACCAGAAAUCCUUCUUGGCUGCAAGUUCUACUCCACGGCUGUAGAUAUCUGGAGCCUGGGAUGUAUUUUUGCUGAAAUGAUCACCAGGAGAGCGCUUUUUCCAGGAGAUUCUGAAAUUGAUCAGCUUUUUCGUAUCUUUCGAACACUGGGGACCCCUGAUGAAGUGUCCUGGCCAGGAGUCACAACUAUGCCAGAUUACAAGUCAACCUUUCCCAAGUGGAUCCGACAGGACUUUAGCAAAGUGGUACCACCUUUGGAUGAGGAUGGUAGAGAUCUUUUAGCUCAAAUGCUUCAGUAUGACUCCAACAAACGGAUUUCUGCUAAAGUAGCGCUGACCCAUCCUUUCUUCCGAGAUGUGAGCAGACCUACUCCACAUCUGAUUUAGACAUACGCGUGGAACUGAAAGUACAAUGGUUUAUAAGAUGACCGAAAAUGAGCAGCGUUUGUGGAAUGACCGAAAAUGAGCAGCGUUUGUGGAAUCUUGCAACCCUCUUCUAAGAAUGACUUUGUAUCCAUCAGAUCCGUUUCACACCAAACACAGAAGCAGCAGCAUUUUAAAGUAAAUUUGUUCCUUUUGCAAAAUAUGUUUUUCAUGCUAUACGCCAACAAAUUUCAAGUUCUCUUGACAUCUAAAGUUUAGGAAUCUGCGAAGAAUAUAAACAGCUAGAAUUUUAAUCUUAUUAUUCAAUUCAGAAAGUCAAAUUUUUAGGUCAGUCUCUAUAAGCACUUUGGUGCAUAUUUCAUUGGGUGGGUUAUUUUAUAUCUUCUAAUGCUCUGUGAAGUUUAACAAUUGCAAUAUUCUCUACUGAAUUAUCCUAGCCAAUAUCAUUCAACAUGUAAGUUUUUUUUAACUGUGAGCUACCUUGUAUGCUUGUAAUACAGGCACAGCUGGUAGCUCUGUUGAAAUAGGUUAUCAUGCUUUACAGCAUGCUAACUAUGAACCAUUGGCACUAAAACAACUGGUCUGCAGAAAUUAGAUAAAGGUAUUAAGAGAAACAACACAACAGACUGCUAUUCUGUAAAAAAAAAUUAUUUUUGCACCUUUUAUUUUUGGAUGCAACUGUUUUUAAUUUUAUGUUUUAACCGUUAAUUGUGUGUUUUAGUCUGUACCAUUCAUGUUAGUCCUGAAGUUAAUUAAAAUAAUAUUAUUAUUA